CCCAACUCUUCAGAUGGCCAUCAAAAUGUAAGACAGAAACUUGUGGCAGAAAUGAAAGCAGAGAAUAUCAGGAACUUUCUUCGUUCAUUUACCAAGUUGCCUCACCUCGCAGGAACUGAACAGAAUCUUCUUCUUGCCAAAAAAAUUCAAGGCCAGUGGAAGGAAUUUGGAUUGGAUUCAGCAGAACUUGUUAAUUAUGAUGUGCUUCUUUCAUACCCAAAUGAAAACCUGCCAAACUACAUUUCAGUAAUUGAUGAUCAAGGGAAUGAGGUUUUCAAUACAUCGUUGUUUGAACCACCCCCAGAGGGGUAUGAAAAUGUUACUGAUAUACUACCACCAUAUAAUGCUUUUUCAGCACAAGGAGUGCCAGAGGCAGAUCUGGUGUACGUGAAUUAUGGCCGUACAGAAGAUUUUUUUAAGCUGGAGCGUGAAAUGGGAAUUAACUGUACAGGAAAGAUUGCCAUUGCCAGAUAUGGGAAGAUCUUCAGAGGAAACAAAGUUAAAAAUGCCAUAUUAGCAGGAGCCCAGGGGAUCAUACUUUACUCAGACCCUGCUGACUACUGCGCCCCAGGAGUAGAUGCUUAUCCAGGUGGCUGGAACCUUCCAGGUGGAGGAGUCCAGCGUGGGAAUGUUUUAAAUCUGAAUGGAGCUGGGGACCCCCUAACACCAGGUUAUCCUGCAAAAGAGUACACUUUCAGGUAUAAAGUUAAUGAUGGUGUAGGGAUUCCCAAAAUCCCAGUUCAUCCCAUUGGAUAUCAUGACGCAGAAGUAUUACUGCGUGCAAUGGGAGGACCUGCAGCUCCAGACAGCAGCUGGAAGGGAAGUCUCAAUGUGCCUUACAACAUAGGGCCAGGAUUCACAGGCAACUCUUCUACAAGAAAAGUCAGAAUGCAUGUUCAUACAAGCAAUAAAAUAACACGAAUUUACAAUGUCAUUGGCAUCCUCAGAGGAGCUCUGGAACCAGACAGAUAUAUUAUUUUAGGUGGUCAUAGAGACUCUUGGGUGUUUGGUGGUAUUGAUCCAACGACCGGUGCUGCUGCUCUGCAAGAAAUUGUACGGAGUUUUGGUAAAAUGAAGAUGGCAGGUUGGAGACCUAGGCGAACUAUUAUUUUUGCUAGCUGGGAUGCAGAAGAAUUUGGAUUAUUGGGUUCCACAGAGUGGGCUGAGGAAAAUGCCAAAGUCCUUCAGGAACGGGCAGUCGCUUACAUCAACACAGACUCUUCUAUAGAAGGUAACUACACAUUAAGAGUUGACUGUACCCCUCUUCUCUACAAACUGGUGUAUAAUCUGACAAAAGAGAUUUUAAGCCCUGAUGAGGGUUAUGAAAAUAAAUCUCUAUAUGAGAGCUGGCUUGAGAAAGAUCCCUCACCUGAAAAUAAUACCUAUCCCAGAAUAAAUAAACUGGGGUCAGGCAGUGAUUUUGAAGCUUACUUCCAGCGACUGGGAAUUGCAUCAGGCAGAGCUCGCUACACCAAGAACAGGAAAACAGACAAAUUCAGCAAUUAUCCUGUUUAUCACACUGUGUAUGAGACAUUUGAGCUAGUGGAAAAAUUUUACGACCCCACCUUCAAGAAACAGCUAACAAUUGCCCAGUUACGAGGCAAACUGGUUUAUGAACUAGCAGAUUCCCAGGUCAUUCCCUUCGACUCCAGAGACUACGGAGAAGCCUUAAAAAGAUACAGCAGCAGAAUUUAUAAAUUGGCCAAGAAGCAUGAAGAACAGCUGAAACUUUACAAAGUAUCAUUUGAUCCUCUUUUUUCUGCUGUGGCAAACUUCUCAAAGGCUGCUGCUGAAUUUCACAGGAGACUUGAACAAGUUGACAAGAAAGAUCCAAUUGCAGUGCGCAUCAUGAACGAUCAGCUGAUGUUGACAGAAAGAGCUUUCAUUGAUCCUCUGGGCUUGCCAGGAAGGAGGUUUUACAGACAUGUCAUCUUUGCUCCAAGCAGCCACAACAAAUACACAGGAGAGUCCUUCCCAGGAAUCUAUGAUGCCAUGUUUGAUAUUGAAAGCAAAGCUGAUCGACACGAAGCCUGGGAAGAAGUGAAGAGGCAGAUUUCCAUUGCAGCCUUCACUGUGCAGGCAGCAGCAGAAACACUGAAGGAAGUAGCAUAAGAUGAUGGCUUUGAAAGCUCACACAGUGGAGAGUGGCACGCAGAGCUGUCACAGCUGGCUGCUGCAGUGACUCAGUGUCCCUGCCUGAGUCUCCAGCCUCCCAAACUGCAUGGUGAUCUCUCUUUCAUAUUUUUUUCAUCUGAAGGAGUUGGAGGACAUUGUUACUAUUAGCAUGGAGCUUCACAUAAUUCUGUCUUCAAAUAAGACCUGAAGAAUGUUUCCCAUCAGGAGCUCAUUUUACAUUCAAAGAGGAACUGAAAUGCAUGAGAAGGC